AUGUUAUCAGAAUUAUUCUCUAAUCUGGAAAUUGAUGAAACUGAAAGUAACAAAGAGAGAGGACAACAGUGCACUCCUGAUAAUUAUUCAGCCGAAAUUCAUAGUGUUGGAUGGUUUCUCAACAAAACUCUAUCGAUUGAUCGUAAAGCGGAUGAAGACAGAGAACUCGUUAGUUAUAAAGCCGCCUACUUUAACUACCAUGAGGAUUACAGAAAAGCAGUUGAUGAAUACACUACAUUGUUUUUGGAGUACAAGCAUAGUCGUACUCAUACAGUUGCCGCUAUUGACUCCCUUGUUCGGUGUGCUUUGAAGAUUCCCGAUUUUCCAGCUGAUAAACUCUUUUCCUAUCUUCAUGAAUAUGAACAAUGUGCUCUUGACUAUGGCGAUCAACUACAAUAUUUGAGCUUGAAAAAGGAUGUGUAUUCAAAACUUUGUUUACCGGAUGCCUCGCAGAUAUUCAUAGAUACUGUCUGUCUUCUUUGUGCUUCUGUGGACUUGCCAGAACACUGGUUAGCCUUUGGGCAAAGGCCUUCCCUGAUUGUAGGAGAAAACUUCCACAUAGGUUACAUGAUGAGGACAGCUCUUCUGUUGGAGCGGCAUUCAAAAUAUGCUCACGGCUUCGUUAGCAGGGUAUUGAACAGAAAGCUUAUGGAUCUACGUAAACGCUUGGCAGAAUUAGGAUCUCUCGAACGGGUGCGUCUGCAAAUUUGUUAUUUACGUUUCACAGAUUAA